UAUACUAUAUUACCCAACAGCAUAUAUUUUUCUACAUGUUUUAAUUAAAAUUACAUAGUACAGUACAUGAUCAUCAUCUUCAUCACCAAUGCCGGGAUUAUUUUCUUUGAUCAUCUUUGCAGCUUUCUGUACGCAAGAAAUUCAAGAAGCUUAUAUUCCUCGUAAUGUUAAGAAUUCAAGACUUGCAGAAUCUAUGCAUUUACAUUCUGAAAUGAAUAUAAUGGAUACACGGCCAAUAAAAAUUCCUUUCGUAAAUCCUAAUAUUAGCGUAGAAAUCUUUUCUACGAAUCCACUUACUGGAAAUUCUUCUAGUACAAGCAAAAACAUAGACGAAGGGCCUUCUAAUAUAACAACAAAAAGAGAUGAAGAACCUUCUAGUACAGCAACAGAAACAGGUGAAGAGUCUUCUAGUAUAACAGCAAAAACAGGUGAAGAGCCUUCUGAUACAACACAAACAGGUGACGAGCCUUCUGAUACAACAGAAACAGGUGAAGAGUCUUCUAGUACAGUAACAGAAACAGGUGAAGAGCCUUCUGGUACAACAACAGAAACAGGUGAAGAGUCUUCUAGUACAAUAACAGAAACAGAUGAAGAGCCUUCUGGUACAACAACAGAAAUACUUUCUUCAACUAUACUCGAAAAUCCUUCUACUCCAAGCACAGAAAUAUCUUCGAACUUUCCUUCUGAAAACCCUUCUACUGCGAGUACAGAGACAAUUUCUUUAAACUCGCCAUUUGAGACUACUUUAUCUACAUCCACCAUAAACGUUCCCGUAAAUGAUCAUCUAUGGAAUAACUCUGCGAUACUUUUGUGUUAUUUUCAAUUCAUGAAUUUAAUUAACGAUCAAUAUGGCGGAGCUGCAGCUUACUACAUAAGUAAUGCAAGCAUAAAGGUUUAUGAAGAAAGACGAGAUGAGUGUUACGUAGAAUGCAUUACUACAUUUCUUUGGAAAAAUGUGCAAAUUAUGGAAAUAUAUAACACCACAUUAUUUUUGUGUGUACGUUUUACCUUUUUUGAAUUGGCUAUAUAUAUAAUAGCUUUAUGUGUUACACAAUUAACAGCCCAUCUGUUAAACUGUCCCAUUGUCUGUUCGGAGCAUCAUUUAACCUUCACCAUCGAAGAUGUAUGCUGCUGUGUUCCUUCUACUCGCUCUAUUUUCCCAAUAUGCGAAGAAGAUAGAGACUAUGUGUCUGUAUCUUCUCUGCCUGGUCCAAAUCCUCCCCAAAUACCGUGUGAAUACGAACUUAACUAUGCAGAUUACUUAUAUUGUAAUGCAAGAAACAUUUAUAAUAAGAUAAAGGCUCGAAUAUUUGAUCGUAAUAGCAAUUCUCAACCAGUAGUACACGUACCACUGGGGGUACGCAAGAAGGCACAGAAAAUUCAAGAAGCUUAUAUUCCUCGUAAUGUUAAGAAUUCAAGACUUGCAGAAUCUAUGCAUUUACAUUCUGAAAUGAAUAUAAUGGAUACACGGCCAAUAAAAAUUCCUUUCGUAAAUCCUAAUAUUAGCGUAGAAAUCUUUUCUACGAAUCCACUUACUGGAAAUUCUUCUAGUACAAGCAAAAACAUAGACGAAGGGCCUUCUAAUAUAACAACAAAAAGAGAUGAAGAACCUUCUAGUACAGCAACAGAAACAGGUGAAGAGUCUUCUAGUAUAACAGCAAAAACAGGUGAAGAGCCUUCUGAUACAACAACAGAAACAGAUGACGAGCCUUCUGAUACAACAGAAACAGGUGAAGAGCCUUCUGAUACAACACAAACAGGUGAAGAGCCUUCUGAUACAACACAAACAGGUGACGAGCCUUCUGAUACAACAGAAACAGGUGAAGAGUCUUCUAGUACAGUAACAGAAACAGGUGAAGAGCCUUCUGGUACAACAACAGAAACAGGUGAAGAGUCUUCUAGUACAAUAACAGAAACAGAUGAAGAGCCUUCUGGUACAACAACAGAAAUACUUUCUUCAACUAUACUCGAAAAUCCUUCUACUCCAAGCACAGAAAUAUCUUCGAACUUUCCUUCUGAAAACCCUUCUACUGCGAGUACAGAGACAAUUUCUUUAAACUCGCCAUUUGAGACUACUUUAUCUACAUCCACCAUAAACGUUCCCGUAAAUGAUCAUCUAUGGAAUAACUCUGCGAUACUUUUGUGUUAUUUUCAAUUCAUGAAUUUAAUUAACGAUCAAUAUGGCGGAGCUGCAGCUUACUACAUAAGUAAUGCAAGCAUAAAGGUUUAUGAAGAAAGACGAGAUGAGUGUUACGUAGAAUGCAUUACUACAUUUCUUUGGAAAAAUGUGCAAAUUAUGGAAAUAUAUAACACCACAUUAUUUUUGUGUGUACGUUUUACCUUUUUUGAAUUGGCUAUAUAUAUAAUAGAAAUUCAAGAAGCUUAUAUUCCUCGUAAUGUUAAGAAUUCAAGACUUGCAGAAUCUAUGCAUUUACAUUCUGAAAUGAAUAUAAUGGAUACACGGCCAAUAAAAAUUCCUUUCGUAAAUCCUAAUAUUAGCGUAGAAAUCUUUUCUACGAAUCCACUUACUGGAAAUUCUUCUAGUACAAGCAAAAACAUAGACGAAGGGCCUUCUAAUAUAACAACAAAAAGAGAUGAAGAACCUUCUAGUACAGCAACAGAAACAGGUGAAGAGUCUUCUAGUAUAACAGCAAAAACAGGUGAAGAGCCUUCUGAUACAACAACAGAAACAGAUGACGAGCCUUCUGAUACAACAGAAACAGGUGAAGAGCCUUCUGAUACAACAACAGAAACAGAUGACGAGCCUUCUGAUACAACAGAAACAGGUGAAGAGCCUUCUGAUACAACACAAACAGGUGAAGAGCCUUCUGAUACAACACAAACAGGUGACGAGCCUUCUGAUACAACAGAAACAGGUGAAGAGUCUUCUAGUACAGUAACAGAAACAGGUGAAGAGCCUUCUGGUACAACAACAGAAACAGGUGAAGAGUCUUCUAGUACAAUAACAGAAACAGAUGAAGAGCCUUCUGGUACAACAACAGAAAUACUUUCUUCAACUAUACUCGAAAAUCCUUCUACUCCAAGCACAGAAAUAUCUUCGAACUUUCCUUCUGAAAACCCUUCUACUGCGAGUACAGAGACAAUUUCUUUAAACUCGCCAUUUGAGACUACUUUAUCUACAUCCACCAUAAACGUUCCCGUAAAUGAUCAUCUAUGGAAUAACUCUGCGAUACUUUUGUGUUAUUUUCAAUUCAUGAAUUUAAUUAACGAUCAAUAUGGCGGAGCUGCAGCUUACUACAUAAGUAAUGCAAGCAUAAAGGUUUAUGAAGAAAGACGAGAUGAGUGUUACGUAGAAUGCAUUACUACAUUUCUUUGGAAAAAUGUGCAAAUUAUGGAAAUAUAUAACACCACAUUAUUUUUGUGUGUACGUUUUACCUUUUUUGAAUUGUUUCAGUUUGAAGUCAAAGACUUAGAUGAAGUAAAUGACUUAAAUAGAGUCAGAAACUGCAGUGGAAGAGGUUGCCCCCAUUGUAUAAGAUGUACUCGUAAACCAACUAGGCCUACUACAAGAACACCAACACCAACACCAACCACAACGAAUGAACCAACUUCAGCUGAAACUACAUCAACUAUAACAAGUACAAUGGAACCGACAUCUACUUCCACUCAACCGAUCACCACAGAAACGUCAACAAUAACAAGUAAAUAA